GAACAAUGUUGCCUUGAACUCGCUUCACCAAUGUCUCUCUUACUGAGCAUAUUAAGAAACAUGCUGGCAUAUUUUGGUGUUCCUGUAGACCAGGAUUUGUUGAUUUGGCAAAAUAAAGAUUAUGGGUCAGCUCGGAGUAUCAUUCGUAUGAUUGGGAGAGUGCUUCCUUUAGAACCUUGUCGAAGACCUAAUUUUGAGUUGAUCCCUCACUUGAACUCUGAGGAGUCUGAUGGUUAUGAACCUGUUGUUCCAUCUUUUGCUGAUGUUUUAUGUGUGGCAAAUGAUGAAGAAGCCGGUUAUCUCAGAUUUCGACAUGGUCUACGGAAAAAGGAGGAGGAAGGGAAAAUUGCUCUUUUCCAUUCUUCAAAACCAAUUUGGGAUCCAUUGUCACCUGCUCUAAGACAGAACAAACCAGUGAAAAGUGAUCUACCAGCAAGCGAGGCUGCAAUUAAAAAAAUAGCUGCCCUUGAGGAUGAGCUCACUUUUCUUCGGGCUCAGAUUGCUGCAAUUGUGGCAAUGCAGGAUCUUGGCUACUACUUUGCUUUAGGCUUCUGUGACCUGAGUGACGAACCCAGCAUGGAACAAACGCUGUCGCCAUCACUGACUGCUGGCCUGAGUGAGGAGCCAGAUCACUCUCCAAGUUCAGUAUUUUCUUCUCCUCCUCCUCCACCACCUCUGCCUCAGUUUUCUCUCCCGCCAUGUUUUCCCCCUGUGCAACCUGGAUCUGCUAGCAGAGAUGACCCAACACCUGCCGUGGGAAAGCAGCACUCGGGUGUUCACAAGAUGAGAGGUAGCCAUUGCUCAGAAAGCCGUGGAGUUAGUGACGUUCCAAACAUGCUGGAUGUUCUAAAGGACAUGAAUAAGGUCAAACUCCGUCCCAUUGAAAGGUCACCAGGUGGUAGACCCAUUCAGAAGAAAAGACAGAGUUUACAAUGGGAUCCAGUGUUGCUAAUAUCCAAUGCACUUAAGAAGAAGUUUGCAUUUCAGGAUGACUCCUUUGACAGCGAAAACAGAUCUUGGGAGUGUUCUCCAUUUUCUAGUCCAGAGACUUCAAGGUUUUGAUGUCACAUUUCUCCAACAGAAAAUCAGCGAUCUAAGGGAAGAACUGGUAAUAUAAAAGAAGUUAUUCAAGGUAUCAGAAGUGAAAGCUGGGCCUACACUCGGAGAGAUAGAUAGAUACAGAAAUGCUCCGUGGUGUCUUCCACUGCCUUUCAGAGAACCACAACCUCUGAUAGGGUGACUAGGCCGUGUCCUGAGACCCGCCCGUGCUCAGCCUGAGGAAGACGUUUACAGAUGCUUGUCCCUGGUUCUGGAAGUUCUGGCAGUUAGCUGGCUGUGGAGAGAGUCAGGUCUGUGUGCGUGCUACUGAAGAUGGAGUGCAUGCGACAGUGAUUUCCCUAAACAAUUAUGGCUCCCUACUGAAGUGCCCUUGUAAGUCGCUAUUGAGGGACAAGACUAAAGCCUUUUUAAACCCAGGCCCAGUCUUUGUGAGAGUCUAACCUAGCAGGCACCCCACCCCGUGUACCUGUAAAUUUAGAAAAAAGCCACAACAGGCCCAAAAACUGCCUGGCUGCCCAGAGACUUGAGGACAGCCAAUCAUGAAGCUAGACAGAUAAGUUGUUUUCAUUUUUUAUUUUAUUUUAUUUUUUUACAGUUACUGGGUGGUUUGUAAAAAGUUAUAAAAAUCCCCUCUUGACUUAGAGCCAACUAUCCCCCUACCCAAUCCAGUAAUGCCAAGGCUUGCAGUUUUUCCCUUAAAAUAACCUUUGCACUGUGAGCUCAGGACCUUUCUUCCUCAUCCGCUCUGUGGGUGUGUGGGACAAAGCAGCCCCUCCUUGUAAGCCUGGCAUGUUCAUCCACACUGGCUCUGUACGUCCAUAAGCCUGGCAUGUUCAUCCACACUG